AGUCAUGCAAUUAUGCCAAGUGGCGUGAUCUGACGACAAGUGUGGAUUUAGGAAAUGCCAGCUGCAACAAAAUGGCGCGAAGCUUUUAAGGAGAUCUAUGGUAAAACACCUACAAAGAGUGAUUACCAAGUGGCUCCAAAAGUCGUAAAAGAGGAGUACUUCGCUGAACAUCCUCCCACGCCUAAUCGUGAAGAGCAAGCUGUUACCCACGUAAAAAGUGGAGUGCGACUAAAAAGGCCAGCAGACGAUGACAGCCCAUUAAAACAGAGACCGACGAAGGCGCGUCGGCUUUACAGAGACCAGACACCUGGACUUCGCACUAGCCCUAGAAAAAGCGUGCAGGCUAGAAAUAAUCGCGAGCUCUCACUGCCAACUUCUCCUUCGACUACGUCACGAACUCCCAGAGGUCGAGCAUUAGCGGCACUCAGGGAGAUCCAGUCGACAUCUCUACAGUCACCUUCGCAACCGAAAUUUGCCUCCCCUAUCAAAAGAUUGCAGGUAUCGUCUGGAUUUUCGAGUCUGUUCGACACACCAGAAAAAGGAAAGCCUGCAAUCUGGGGUGAACCCAGCCCUCAAAAAGCACUCAAUCCACCAAGCACGCCCAUACGCUCACCAAGGAAGCCACUUAUGCAUAAGGAGGUUUUGGUGAAUAAUGCGGAGUGUCUGCUAUUACCAACGCCUGAAAAACGGAGCAAGCCUGAGGAAAUGAAGCCGUUCGAACCCGAGAUAGUGGCUUUGAAGAAGACUUUGGCCGGAGUCCACAAAAAGGAUACUGCAACAGCUUUCGAUCCAACAACUGGGAAAGUUGUAAAAAGAGCAUUCAAGAGGUCCGCUCCGAAUGCUGGUAUGAAGAGGAAAAAGGAGGAAAAGGGAAACUUUGUACGUAUCAAUAUGAAGAAAAAAUCCUUUGCGAAAGGUAAAGUAUCAGCUGAGCAGAAACGGAAAAUGCGGCGGAAGCAGAACUGGAAGAAGCGUUUUGGAGGUGGACGUGGGUAGAUUAGAUUUUUAGACAGUAUGCAUGCGCCAUAUUUGUAGGUUUCAUUAUAAGGUAUU